AGUAUGACAACUUUAUGACGUUCUCGGUAUGCAACAAAAAAAAUGUUUUGAAAACAUAAUCCUCUUAAAAUCUUACAAAAAAAAGCCGAAUUAUAAAAGAAAAUCCAAUAUUUAUGUGAAAAAAGUGUGAAAUUUUGUAUCAAAAUACACAGUGCAAGUUUAUUCCAACAAUUGGACUUCAAUUCAUAGUGUUAGAGUUAAAAGUUAUUGUGUUGCAGUGUCUGACUAGAAAUUUGGACUUAAAAAAGGAUUAUCUUUUGAUAUAUUACUAGUGGCUGCAGAAGUAACCAGAAAACUGUCGAGAAAUCAAGAAAACAUGGAGGAACUUUCUGAUUCGUCGGAUGUUUUUAUAAAACUUGAGCCGGGAGACUUUUCCGAGACAGACACAAUUGACCAGGAGCCACCGAGAAAGAAAAGAACUGACUGGGAUCAUCACAAUACAGCCCUUUUGCUCAAAUUCUGGCGGAGAAAUCUUCCAACGUUGCGCAGAGAAAAGAGACAUUCAAAGACAAUGGAAGAAAUCCGCGAAGCACUCUGUAAAUACGGCGUAAGGAAGACUUCUGCAGAAAUCAAGUCAAAAAUGAAGAACUUACAGUCCAAAUACAGAACCGAGAAGAGCAGAAUGAAGGAAAAUCCAAAGUACAGAACCACUUGGUUAUUCUACAACGACAUGCACUCCAUGAUGCUAAACCAUCCGAUGUCAAAUGAUCCCUUAAAGUCUGACGACAGCGAAUUCAUGAACAAUUUGGAGUCCAAUUCAAACCACAGCGUGGUCUCACUAGAUCCUCCAGAUGCUGAAGAGACCAUGAAGGUCAGUCCAGAACGCCCACCGACUCCGCUAAUGCCCAAGCGACCUGCUGAGAGGAAGUUACUGUCAGUACAUGAGGAUUUACUGAAUGAAAUCAGACGAUCGAAUUCCGUGUGCGAAAGAAAUGAGGAGAAAGUUCAUGCACUACUCCAUGAGGCCAAUGAAAUUGCCAGAGAACAAUUGAAACUCACAAAAGAGUUCCUUGAGAAAUUAGUUAAAUAGUAAAUAAAAAAAAAAACAUAGAUUAACUUACUAGCAGCUAAAAA